AUGUCAUCACGCUCCAGUCCGAGAACCUCUAAUGGGGAGGAAACAAAGAAAGUGGCGAUUAUUGGCGGUGGCUUGGUUGGUGCUUUAAAUGCAUGUUUCUUCGCAAAGAGAGGCUUUCAAGUGGAACUUUAUGAAGCACGCAAAGAUAUUCGAACUGCGAAAGAUGUAAGGGGAAGGAGCAUCAAUCUUGCUUUAUCUUACAGAGGGCGGCAGGCUCUAAAUGCAAUUGGAAUGGAAGACCAGGUAGUAGCCAAGGGCAUUCCCAUGAAUGGCAGGAUGAUCCACUCCCUUUCAGGCAGGAAGUCCUCUAUUUCUUAUGGAACAAACAGCCAGUAUAUCUUGUCAGUAGAUCGAACAAACUUAAACCGAACACUAUUAUUUGCGGCUAACCAAUACCCAAAUGUCAAGUUAAAUUUUGAAGAGAAGUUGCAACACUACAGUGCUGAUAGUGGGGUGCUGACAUUUAUCAGGCCUGAUGGUUCGACUUAUGAGGUUUCACAUGACCUUGUUGUUGGUUGCGAUGGAGCUUUUUCAACUACGAGGAAACAGUUCAUGAGACAAGCCAGGUUUAAUUACAGCCAUAUCUACAUUCCUCAUGGUUACAUGGAGCUUACAAUACCUCCUAAAAAUGGUGAUUUUGCAAUGAAGCCUAAUUUUCUUCACAUAUGGCCUAGAAACACCUUCAUGAUGAUUGCUUUGCCUAACUUGGACAAGUCGUUCACCUGUACUCUCUUCAUGCCUUUUGAAGAAUUUGAGAAGCUUACCACUGGAGAUGAAGUGCUUCAGUUUUUCAAGAAAUACUUUCCAGAUUCCAUACCGCUAAUAGGAAGAGAGGCAUUGAAGCAGGAUUAUUUCAAUUUGCCAGCCCAGGCUAUGAUCUCAGUCAAGUGUUCGUCCUACCACAUUGGUUUCAAGUGCAUGUUAAUGGGAGAUGCAGCUCAUGCAGUUGUUCCUUUUUAUGGUCAAGGCAUGAAUGCAGGUUUUGAAGACUGCAUUGUCUUCGAUGAAUUAAUGGACCAGUUUGACAAUGAUUUCUCUAUAUGUCUUCCAGAGUUUUCAAGGUUGCGUGUACCUGAUUGCCAUGCUAUAGCUGAUCUGGCCAUGUACAACUAUGUGGAGAUGCGUAAGCACGUGAACUCAAAGUGGUUUAUUUUCCGCAAAUAUGUGGAUAACUUCCUCCAUUUCUGUAUGCCAAAGACUGUUGUGCCCUUAUACACCAUGGUGACUUUUACCAGAAUACGUUACCAUGAAGUGAUACAGCGGUCAAAACGGCAAAGCAUGGUAUUGAGACUGGAGCUGUCAACAGUGACCUGCCACGAGAAUGUGAGUCUCUCAAAGCACUGGUCGUCGGACAUGUCAAGAGAGCUGAUCAUCUGCCCACAGGGUCUCACCUCCUUCCAGCUGGAUCUUGGUGUCCAUUGCAUCAGCCGUGUGCAGGGGCAUGUGGCUGAGGAGAAGGCAGCUGGCCCUCCUGGUAUUGCAUCUGCUGCUGCUGGAGAUGUUGACAUAGAUGUGGACUCUGCUGCUGACCCUCAGCAGAAAUGCAAAGUGAGCCUUGAUGAAAGCUGGUGGUAG